AUGGUAGUUCAAGUCGAUAUGAGUACUAUAGUCUAUGAAGAAUCCCUAGAUCCGGAGGCACCAGCAUCUGCGCGGCACUGGUUCGUCUUUCUCCGUCUUUUUUCAUCCCUUCCUUCCUUCUUCUUCCUCCGUGCCCUCCUCCUUCGCUUCUUCUUCUUCUUCUUCUUCUUCUUCUUCUUCUUCUUCUUCUCAUUUCCACGCCCCCAAAUCUUUAUUGUUGUUUUCAUCCUCUCCGUUACGCUCAACAUAGUCCUCUCUUUCCUCCGUCCUCUUAUGUCGUGUCCUGACAAGGAAGCUGCAGGAUAUUGA